AUGACGUCACCGAGAGAAAGCAGUGACGUCAUUGACGUCAGCUACAUAGGCGAUGAGAAAAUCAGCAAGCGUGAACGUAAAGACUCUAAAGACCUGACAGAGUUACCACCGAGUGGUACUUGCUUACACAGAAGGCGGAGAGGCGAAGCGCCGGCUUCCUUGUCAGUUAAAUCACCUCAAACUCCUUCAGAAACUGAGGGGUCUUCUCCAUGUACUGGUGCUCCUACUUCAGAAGAAAAUUGGAGUUUGAACGAUGCCGGAACCCCAGACCCUGAAGCUUUAUGCGAAAGCAUGCUCCAAAGGCUAAGAGAACGCAACGAUCCUCUUUCACGACGAGGAAAAGAGCUAGCUCAACGUACUAAAGAUACACUUGAGGCUUUGGAUCAAUUAGAGAAGCUUAUAGAACUUCUAGAUCAAUUUGUGACGUUAAAAGAACAAAACGCGCGUCUUCUCAAAAGACUGCGUGAUGUCGACCAUUUAAAAAGACUACACGAAGCUCAUAAACGAAUAUACCAAGAAUCGGAGAGAUUAAAAGAAGAAGACAAGGAAUUGGAGCUUAUCAACGAGGCUUUGGACGCGGAGUUGGAAUGCGAAUAUGGUCAAGCGAUUUUUGACUCCAUGAUGGCUGGUGGCAGAAGUAUGAAGAGGAGUGGAUCUAAAUGGAAAGGUCAUGCGCGUUUCGGGAGUUCGUUACUUAGAAAACAAAGAUCUAGAUCUGCGGGAGGGGAAGAAAGCGACGUGUCUCCGACGACUCCUAUAAGGCGGAGAUCUGACUUGGUGUUUUCUAAAGAAGUGGAGAAGUCUAAAGUGUCUAAAUGGACAAGAGUGAAAGCAGCUUUUAGAUGGGAGAAAGCACAAUGGCCACCAUCAACGUAUGGUGGUGCGGCUGCAGUGGCUGCCGGAGCGAUGGUUGGUGCUGUAGCUCUUGCGGGAUCCUCUCCCGCAUCAGGCAUGCUCGCUAAUCCUGAGCCAAGAGACUCUGCUAGUCUGACGCCGGGCAGCGCUCUUUCUUUAACACCAAACUCUUCGUGUGAAGAGUUAAGGAUGGAAGGGGGUAACUGCCGCAAAAAUGUCAUGCUGCGCUGCGAUGACCAGGACAGUGCCUUCCUUCAAGCACCAACACAGGACGACAGCUCUACCUCCCCAUCUCCAAACAAACUACACAAAAGUCCCUGGGGCAAAAUGCGCGACAUCAUCCAGACCCACAAGGAGUCCGUCAAGAAGAAGUCCAGAGGCCCGAAGAGCUCGCCAGACGUGAUACCUGUAAGACGGAGAUCUCUUAGUGAUGGUGGUGACAGCGACGCACCACCAGCUCUUACCAUCACUAUACCUUCGUCCGAAGAACUCGAAUCGGAACCCUCCCACCCCAUCCUGCGUAAGCAGCGAUCGCUGGAGUUGGGUGCUAGACCUCCGCAACACCGACCCCCCAGAGCUUCCAAGUGGACCAAGGUCAAAAGGGCGUUCCUAACGUCCGCUUCCGCUUCGGUACCAUCUAGUCCAAGUCGUCAUUCUGCGUUCUUCACUGACGCAGAGUGCGCAUGCAAAACAUUUGUAAAUAUUUCGUUAACCGAUACUGAAAGAGCACAAGACAAAACAAAUUUAAUUUGUGUACCAACCCGAAAAGUAUGCCAAACGCCCGAGAUAUAA